ACAGAUAACAGCUCUGUUCUACUGGUAGUUUCUUGCUGCAGCAACGCGAACACUGAGCUGCGAGUCCAGCUAAAGCUUUUUAACCUUUGAAAAGUUUUAAAGACAACUGAUCGGGACAAGAAAAAAUCUCUUUGGGAAACUGAGCACUAAGAGAUUGUUUCUGCAUCUACAGGGACAAUAGCACAUUUAUGUUAUUCAUUUAAGGGUUUCUAAACAUCCAUCAAGUGCAUAAUCAGUGAAUGCAUGACUUCAGAUCAUCUCGCGGAAUCUCUGAUUGGACUCAUCGCCGUCACGUUAUUUUUCCCCUGACUCACGCGAUGCAGCGGGAGCGCCUGCUGAAGGUGUUGGUCAUCGGCGACCUCGGUGUGGGCAAGACGUCCAUCAUAAAGCGCUACGUGCACCAAGUGUUCUCCCAGCACUACAGGGCCACCAUCGGGGUGGACUUUGCCCUCAAAGUGAUCAACUGGGAUUAUAAAACGGUGGUGCGGCUGCAGCUGUGGGACAUCGCUGGACAAGAGCGCUAUGGAAACAUGACCCGUGUAUACUACAGAGAAGCAGUGGGGGCCAUUGUUGUCUUUGACAUGACCAGGUUGUCCACGUUUCAGGCUGUCCUAAAGUGGAAACAAGACCUGGACUCAAAAGUAACUCUGAGUAAUGGGAGGCCGGUUCCAACAGUUCUGCUGGCCAACAAGAGUGACCAACGUCAACACGGUUUGUGUCCCAAACUUCCAAAACUGGACAACUUCUCCCAGGACCACGGCUUUGUCGGCUGCUUUGAAACAUCCGCUAAGGACGACACCAACAUCGACAGUGCCAUCACGUGUUUGAUAAAAGCAAUCAUGUCAGCAGAGGAGGAGAAAGCCUUGAGCGACGCUACCAGAGGCGAGUCUGAAGGGGUUAUUGUUCUGCCUCGUUUUGACUACAGCACGAAGGAGAAGGGACUCAAUGGCUGCGCUGGGUGCUCCUCGAUCAAACCCAGACAUGGAGGCAGUGACUGAUGGAGUUCCACAGACCUCAGGUCUUCCCCUUUCGGACUUUUUGAACUUUUUCCAUUUAACUGAUGUUCUUUGGAAAAAUCUGUUGGAACCAUCCUUCCAUCCACUAUACUUCUUCCAUACUGGGUUGCAAGGGAGGUGGUGCCUACCUCCAGCAGUCUAUGGGCGAGAGGCGGGGUACACCCUGGGAAAGGCCCAGUCCAUCGCAGGGCAACAC